AUGUGUGUGGCUUAUAGGGAGGAUGCUACACCACUAAGCACUGAUAUGUGUGUGGCUUAUAGGGAGGAUGCUACACCACUAAGCACUGAUAUGUGUGUAGUUUAUAGGAAGGAUGCUAUAUCACGCAGCACUGAUAUGUGUGUAGUUUACAGGAAGGAUGCUACAUCACUAAGCACUGCUCUUCUGUCAGAAAGCCCUGAAAUCCUUGAGCCAUUUUUCUUGGGUUGUGAUACCAGAAACCCAAAAAUUGUUCAGAUUUGUUUGACAGCUAUCCAGAGGCUGAUUACCCAUGAAGCUGUUUCUUCAAUGGCAUCCACAAACCUGAUUACUUGUUUGUGGAACCUAAUGGAGAGUGGCACAGAAGAGUUAAAAGUUCUCCAGACUGUUACUUUAGCUCUAUCUACAAACCAGAUUGUUCAAGGAGAAGUUUUAGCCAAAGCUUUGGUUCUGUGUUUUCGAUUGCAUUUCACCAAAAACAGCACUACAAACAACACAGCCUCUGCAACGGUACGGCAGUUAGUGGCUGUAGUGUUUGAGAGACUACAGACAGAAGAUACUCUACCAAAUGAAGAUCGUGUGGCAGAAUUAAAUGUUGAAGAAUUAAAAGUUGGAAGCAGAAUUCCACCAAAGUCAUUAAGGCCUUGUGCUGCUGAUGCUUUUCUGCUAUUUCAAGACCUUGUACAACUAGUGAAUGCUGACCAGCCAUAUUGGUUAAUUGGAUUGACAGAAAUGACACGAACAUUUGGUUUGGAAUUAUUGGAAUCAAUACUUACAUCUUUCCCAGAGACGUUCUUGAAGCAUUCUGAGUUCAGCUUUCUACUGAAAGAGAGAGUAUGUCCAAUGAUCAUCAAGUUGUUUUCUCCAAACAUCAAGUAUCGGCCAGGUGUUCAGCUGGCCAGCCAGCAAGUGUUGGCCUCUGAUAAACCCUUCUUUCCCAUCACCAUGAGGCUGCUCAGGAUUGUAUCAGUCCUUAUUCAAAAAUAUUACAUCAUGCUGGUGACUGAAUGUGAAAUUUUUCUGUCUUUGGUUGUUAAAUUCCUGGAUGGAGAUAAACCACAAUGGCAGAGAGCAUUAGCACUUGAGGUGUUGCAUAAGAUGUGUGUCCAACAUGAGCUUCUAAAGUCUUUCUGUGAGUCAUAUGACAUGAAGCCACACAGUACCAAAAUUUUACAAGACAUAGUAAAUGCUCUUGGGUCCUACAUACAAAGCCUGUUUCUAAGUCCAUCAUCUAGUAGUCAGGUGUCAACCUUCAACUCCCAAAAUCCACCAGUUUCAAUGACCCAAGGUCAACCACCAGCCUUAGUUGCAGGCAUGCCCGUGGGUCCUGGUGUCACACCUCAACCUGCUUUCUCUUAUCGUUCUGUGUGGUUACCGAUUGUUCUCAUAUUUUCUCCAGGCACUUGUAAACCCACAUA